ACCUUAGCCACCAUGGGGCUAAGAGCGGCCAGCCUCUUCCUCCUCUGGCUGGCUCUUUCCUCUGCUAAUGAAAUAAAAAAAGGAAGGACAAGAAGCCACGGCCACUAUGUCUGCAGCACUUGGGGAAACAACCAUUUCAAGACUUUUGAUGGAGACAUCUACCAAUUCCCUGGCAUUUGCGAGUAUAAUUUUGUUUCCGACUGCCGAGAGGCUUACAAGGAAUUCUCUGUCCACAUCCAGCGUGCUCUCAACAGCAAUGGCCAUCCUGAGAUCGAGUAUAUUCUGGUGAAAAUCAAGGAUAUAAUGGUCUACCUCAAACCCAACCUGGUUGUGGUGGAUGGGCGGAUUGUGAAGACACCUUACUACACCUCUGGUGUCCUCAUUGAGAGCAAUGAAAUUUACACCAAGAUUUAUGCCAAAUUAGGCAUGGUUCUGAUGUGGAACCAGCAGGAUGCCUUGAUGGUGGAGCUGGACAACAAAUUCAAUAACCAUACCUGUGGUCUCUGUGGGGAUUACAAUGGCAUUCAAAUCUACAAUGAGUUCAUCAAGGGAGAUGCAAGCUACAACUCAAUUACAUAUGGGAAUAUGCAGAAGAUCAGCAAACCCAAUUCCAAAUGUGAAGAUCCAGAUGAAACUCAGGCUCUUCCAAGCUGUAAUGAGCAUCGCGAUGAGUGUCAGAGGUUGCUCACUUCCCCUGCAUUUGCUGAUUGUCGGCUACGUCUUAAUUUGGAAAUGUACAUCCAAGCCUGCAUGCAGGACAAGUGUGCCUGCAAUGGGAAGAACGACUCCUUCUGCCUCUGCAGCACCAUCUCUGAGUAUUCCCGCCAGUGCUCGCACGCGGGUGGCCGCCCGGGAGAAUGGAGGACACAGAGCUUCUGCCCCAAGACCUGUCCUGCUACCAUGGUCUAUAGAGAAAGCAGCUCACCCUGCGUGGAUACUUGCUCACACUUGCAGAUCAGCAGCCUUUGUGAGGAGCACUACAUGGAUGGCUGUUUCUGCCCUGAAGGAACUGUGUAUGAUGAUAUCAGUGAAAAAGGCUGUAUCCCUGUUAGCCAGUGCCACUGCAAACUCAGUGGAAAGACGUAUGCACCUGGAGAAAGCAUUUCCAAAGAAUGUGAAGAAUGCACCUGUAAUUCAGGAAGAUGGACCUGCAAAGAUCUACCCUGCCCAGGCACAUGCUCAGUGGAAGGAGGUUCCCAUUUUACCACCUUUGAUGGGAAGAAAUACACCUUCCAUGGAGACUGCUACUAUGUGUUGGCCAAGGGUACCGCAAAUGAGAGUUAUGCUCUCCUGGCAGAACUGGCUCCCUGUGGCUCCACAGACAAACAGACCUGCUUGAAGACUGUUGUGCUGUUAGUGGAUAACAAAAAGAAUGUGGUGGUUUUCAGAUUGGAUGGCAGCGUGCUCCUGAAUGAGAUGACAGUGAAUGUGCCUCAUGUGUCAACCAGCUUCUCAGUAUUCAAGCCAUCUUCCAACUACUUUGUUGUACAAACUCCUUUUGGGCUUCAGAUGCAGAUCCAGCUGUUUCGAGUCAUGCAGCUGUUUGUGACUGUAGAUCAAUCACUUAAAGGAACACUUCAAGGUCUUUGUGGAAACUUCAAUGAAAUGGAAGGUGAUGACUUUAGAACAACCAGCGGGCUGAUCGAGGCUACAGGAUCUGCCUUUGCUAACACGUGGAAAGCUCAGUCCACCUGCGCAGACCAGGCAGAAAAGCUGGAAGACCCCUGCAGUCUCAGCAUUGAAAGUGCAAAUUAUGCUGAGCAUUGGUGCUCUUUGCUGAGAAACCCAAAGGGUCCUUUUGCAAGAUGUCACAUAGCCAUUGAUCCUUCAGAAUACUAUAAGAAAUGUAAAUAUGACACCUGUCUCUGUGAAGACAGUGAGGAAUGUUUGUGUGCUGCCCUGUCCUCUUACUCAAGAGCCUGUGCUUUCAAAGGGAUCAUACUGGGAGGCUGGAGAAAGAGUGUCUGCAGCAGUGAAGAGUCUUCUUGCCCAGGAAAUCAAGUCUUCCUUUACAACCUUACAAUGUGCCAGCAAACCUGUCGCUCUCUUGCUGAUGGUGAAAAGUAUUGCUUGCAAGACUUUGCUCCUGUGGAUGGGUGUGGCUGCCCACCUGAUACAUACUUUGAUAACCAAGCUAACUGUGUGCCCAUCUCCCAGUGCCCAUGUUAUUACAAGGGAUCAUACCUGCAACCUGGGGAGUAUUUCACAAAAGAUGAAGAACGCUGUGUUUGCCGAAAUGCAAAGAUCCAGUGCACUUCAGUGAAAAUAAGAAUGAAAAGUGAAAAAGAAUGUUCUUCUAACAAGACAUACUUUGACUGCAAUGCAUUCUCAAAGUGGACUUCGCAAACACCUCUACAACUUAGCUGUCAUACUCCUCAAACUGAUCAUUUCCAGGCAGAGUGCGUCUCAGGCUGUGUGUGCCCUGAAGGUCUAUUUGAUGAUGGCAGAGGGGGCUGUGUUGAGCAAAAGGAUUGCCCGUGCAUUCAUAACAAUCAGUGGUAUUCUUCUGGACACAAGAUAAAAGUGGACUGCAACACCUGCACCUGCCAGAAAGGGGUUUGGAAAUGCACUGAUGACGUGUGCUAUGGGACUUGUAUGAUAUAUGGAAGUGGCCAUUAUAACACUUUUGAUGGGAAAUUCUAUGACUUUGACGGGAGCUGUGAAUAUGUUGCUACUCAGGACUUCUGUGGUGACAAAAAUUCCAGCGGCUCAUUCAGUAUCAUCACAGAGAAUGUCCCUUGUGGAACUACAGGAGUCACCUGCUCAAAGGCUAUCAAAAUGUUCCUAGGGAAAACUGAACUGAAAUUGGAGAACAAAGAGUACAAAGAAAUUCAGCGAGAUGUUGGUGAUGAUGUGCAGUAUUGGAACAGGACAGUUGGCCUGUACCUGGUUAUUGAGGCUAGCAAUGGUGUGAUGCUGAUCUGGGACAAGAAGACUACAGUUUUCAUCAAGCUGAGCCCUGAUUACAAGGGCAAAGUGUGUGGUCUGUGUGGCAACUUUGAUGACAAGGCAAACAAUGACUUUACAACAAGGAGCGGACUGCAGGACAAUAAUCCUCUGAAUUUUGGAAAUUCCUGGAAACAAUCUCCCAUGUGCCCAGAUGUCACAGAAGAGAUUAAGCCCUGUGAUUUGAAACCACACCGGAAGUCCUGGGCAGAGAAAGAAUGCAGCAUCAUCCAGAGUGAAGUCUUCAAAAUUUGUCACUCCAAGGUGGACCCACUUCCUUACUAUGAGGCUUGUGUUCAUGAUGCCUGCUCCUGUGACAGCGGUGGGGACUGCGAGUGCUUCUGCUCUGCAGUUGCAGCGUAUGCCCAAGAGUGCAUCAAGGCUGAGGCCUGCGUUUUCUGGAGAACUCCUGAUAUCUGCCCAAUAUUCUGUGACUACUACAACCCUCGCAAUGAGUGUGACUGGCACUAUGAGCCUUGUGGCAGUAAUAUCACAACCUGCAGGAUGAUCAAUAAUGUCAGCACCAACUUUACAGUGCCAUUACUGGAAGGGUGCUAUCCCAGAUGCCCUAAGGACAAGCCUAUAUAUAAUGAAGAGACAAAGCAAUGUGUGACUGAAGAUCAAUGUGGAUGUUACCUUGAGGAUGGAACCCAUGUACCCCCUGGGCAAGAAGUACCCACAAAAGAAAACUGUACAAUUUGUGUCUGUGUCCCAUCAGGAUCCAUACAGUGUAAACCAGUCCCAGGAUGUCCUUGUGUCAUCAAUGGAACGAGUUAUGAAGAGGGUGCUACUGUGGGAGUUGUACAGGAUGGCGACAUAUGUACAAGAUACAUUUGUGCAGAAAAUGGCUCUGUAGUUCCUGGUGAAGUCUAUCCUUGUCCAACAUCUUCACCUACAACCAUUUCAACCUCCUCACCUCACAGUACUCUUACCACCACCACCACAGGUAAAUCAUCAAUACAGAUUCUGAAACCUCUGUCUUUUCUUGCAGCUCCAUGCAUAGUCACAGAACUAAUCUGUGAUUGGACUGAAUGGUUUGAUGUUAGUAAACCUGAAGAAGGUGGUGGUGACUACGAAACAUAUGAUGAAAUAAGAAAACAUGGAAACAAAAUAUGUACAACUCCUGAAAAAAUUGAGUGCAGGGCUAAGGAUAAACCUGAUGUGAGCUUAGAGGAACUUGGUCAGAAAGUAGAAUGUAAUGUUAAAUAUGGGCUAAUCUGUAGAAAUGAUGAGCAAGAUGUAACUAUGUGGCCACUUUGCUAUAAUUAUGAAAUCAGAGUAAACUGUUGUGAGUGGCAAGAAAUUCCUUGUGAGCCUACAAUUACACCUACUAUACCUUCAACUUCAACCACCACCCAGACAACAAUAGCCAGCACCACUACAACCAGGAGUUCAACAGAAGUUACCACCAUGCCCAUACACAUCCAUUCCACCACAUCCCCACCUCCACCCACACCAAGCACACCAAAGUCGACAACCACUCCCUCGCCGCCGGAGACUCCCACCACCACCACCAGCACCCCGACAACAACAACCACUGUUACUGGAUCCCCAACACCCACCUCAACUACUUCAAGCACAUCCUCACCAACACCAACAUACACCACCACCACACCAACUCCAGGCACACCGAGCACAGCAUCCCCUCCCCCAGAAUGGACAACCACUUCCAUGUCACCGGAGACUCUCAGCAGCACCAGCACCACCACCAGCACCAGCACCAGCACCACCACUGGAGCACCGACGACAACAACAACAACCGUUACAACAACCAUCCGAACUCCUGCACCGUGUGAGUGCGUCUGGACGGACUGGAUCGAUGUGACUUACCCAGAUGGUUCUGACAGGAAUGGUGGUGACUACGAAACCUUUGAGAACAUUUGGAAGAAAUACCCCUCCUGGGAGUGUGCAAAAGUUGAGAACAUUUCCUGCCGAGCAGAGAAAUUCCCUAGCUAUUCCAUUGCAGAUUUAGGGCAGAAAGUGGAAUGUAACGUUAACGUAGGGCUCAUCUGUAACAAUAAAGAUCAGCAGAUAGGAGGUAUAAUACCGAUGCCAGUCUGCCUCAACUACGAGAUCAGUGUCUGCUGCACCCCCAACAAACCAGAGUGUCUUCCACCUCCAAGCACCACGAGCACCACAACUUCCACAGCUGCACCCACAACGAGCAGUGUGUCCCCUCCAGUAUCAACCACUGCUCCAACGUCAACACCAGUGGAGAUUCCCAGCCCUACCCCGACCCCCAGCAGCAGCACCACCACCACCACGACGAUGGCUCCCAGCAGCACCACCACUAGUGGCAGCACCUCACAGACCACAACAACUGCUCCUGUCUCAACAACACCCGUUUCAACUACUUCAAGCACAUCCGCACCCACACCAACAUACACCACCACCACACCAACUCCUCCAACAGUCACACCAAGCACACCAAAAUCAACAACCACUCCCUUGCCACCGGUGACUCCCACCACCACCAGCACCCCACCUCCACCCACACCAAGCACACCAAAGUCGACAACCACUCCCUCGCCGCCGGAGACUCCCACCACCACCACCAGCACCCCGACAACAACAACCACUGUUACUGGAUCACCAACGCCCACCUCAACUACUUCAAGCACAUCCUCACCAACACCAACAUACACCACCACCACACCAACUCCAGGCACACCGAGCACAGCAUCCCCUCCCCCAGAAUGGACAACCACUUCCAUGUCACCGGAGACUCUCAGCAGCACCAGCACCACCACCAGCACCAGCACCAGCACCACCACUGGAGCACCGACGACAACAACAACAACCGUUACAACAACCAUCCGAACUCCUGCACCGUGUGAGUGCAUCUGGACGGACUGGAUCGAUGUGACUUACCCAGAUGGUUCUGACAGGAAUGGUGGUGACUACGAAACCUUUGAGAACAUUUGGAAGAAAUACCCCUCCUGGGAGUGUGCAAAAGUUGAGAACAUUUCCUGCCGAGCAGAGAAAUUCCCUAGCUAUUCCAUUGCAGAUUUAGGGCAGAAAGUGGAAUGUAACGUUAACGUAGGGCUCAUCUGUAACAAUAAAGAUCAGCAGAUAGGAGGUAUAAUACCGAUGCCAGUCUGCCUCAACUACGAGAUCAGUGUCUGCUGCACCCCCAACAAACCAGAGUGUCUUCCACCUCCAAGCACCACGAGCACCACAACUUCCACAGCUGCACCCACAACGAGCAGUGUGUCCCCUCCAGUAUCAACCACUGCUCCAACGUCAACACCAGUGGAGAUUCCCAGCCCUACCCCGACCCCCAGCAGCAGCACCACCACCACCACCACGAUGGCUCCCAGCAGCACCAUCACUAGUGGCAGCACCUCACAGACCACAACAACUGCUCCUGUCUCAACAACACCCGUUUCAACUACUUCAAGCACAUCCGCACCCACACCAACAUACACCACCACCACACCAACUCCAGUCACACCAAGCACACCAAAAUCAACAACCACUCCCUUGCCACCGGUGACUCCCACCACCACCAGCAGCCCUCCAGGCACAUCAACAACAACAACUACAUCAACAACGGUUACUGGAUCACCAACCACCGUCUCAUCUCCUGGAACCCCACCUCCACCCACACCAAGCACACCAAAGUCGACAACCACUCCCUCGCCGCCGGAGACUCCCACCACCACCACCAGCACCCCGACAACAACAACCACUGUUACUGGAUCACCAACGCCCACCUCAACUACUUCAAGCACAUCCUCACCAACACCAACAUACACCACCACCACACCAACUCCAGGCACACCGAGCACAGCAUCCCCUCCCCCAGAAUGGACAACCACUUCCAUGUCACCGGAGACUCUCAGCAGCACCAGCACCACCACCAGCACCAGCACCAGCACCACCACUGGAGCACCGACGACAACAACAACAACCGUUACAACAACCAUCCGAACUCCUGCACCGUGUGAGUGCAUCUGGACGGACUGGAUCGAUGUGACUUACCCAGAUGGUUCUGACAGGAAUGGUGGUGACUACGAAACCUUUGAGAACAUUUGGAAGAAAUACCCCUCCUGGGAGUGUGCAAAAGUUGAGAACAUUUCCUGCCGAGCAGAGAAAUUCCCUAGCUAUUCCAUUGCAGAUUUAGGGCAGAAAGUGGAAUGUAACGUUAACGUAGGGCUCAUCUGUAACAAUAAAGAUCAGCAGAUAGGAGGUAUAAUACCGAUGCCAGUCUGCCUCAACUACGAGAUCAGUGUCUGCUGCACCCCCAACAAACCAGAGUGUCUUCCACCUCCAAGCACCACGAGCACCACAACUUCCACAGCUGCACCCACAACGAGCAGUGUGUCCCCUCCAGUAUCAACCACUGCUCCAACGUCAACACCAGUGGAGAUUCCCAGCCCUACCCCGACCCCCAGCAGCAGCACCACCACUCACACCAAGCACACCAAAAUCAACAACCACUCCCUUGCCACCGGUGACUCCCACCACCACCAGCAGCCCUCCAGGCACAUCAACAACAACAACUACAUCAACAACGGUUACUGGAUCACCAACCACCGUCUCAUCUCCUGGAAGUAUGUUCCUAGCAGUACCCCACCUCCACCCACACCAAGCACACCAAAGUCGACAACCACUCCCUCGCCGCCGGAGACUCCCACCACCACCACCAGCACCCUGACAACAACAACCACUGUUACUGGAUCCCCAACGCCCACCUCAACUACUUCAAGCACAUCCUCACCAACACCAACAUACACCACCACCACACCAACUCCAGGCACACCGAGCACAGCAUCCCCUCCCCCAGAAUGGACAACCACUUCCAUGUCACCGGAGACUCUCAGCAGCACCAGCACCACUACCAGCACCAGCACCAGCACCACCACUGGAGCACCGACGACAACAACAACAACCGUUACAACAACCAUCCGAACUCCUGCACCGUGUGAGUGCGUCUGGACGGACUGGAUCGAUGUGACUUACCCAGAUGGUUCUGACAGGAAUGGUGGUGACUACGAAACCUUUGAGAACAUUUGGAAGAAAUACCCCUCCUGGGAGUGUGCAAAAGUUGAGAACAUUUCCUGCCGAGCAGAGAAAUUCCCUAGCUAUUCCAUUGCAGAUUUAGGGCAGAUAGUGGAAUGUAAUGUUAACGUAGGGCUCAUCUGUAACAAUAAAGAUCAGCAGAUAGGAGGUAUAAUACCGAUGCCAGUCUGCCUCAACUACGAGAUCAGUGUCUGCUGCACCCCCAACAAACCAGAGUGUCUUCCACCUCCAAGCACCACGAGCACCACAACUUCCACAGCUGCACCCACAACGAGCAGUGUGUCCCCUCCAGUAUCAACCACUGCUCCAACGUCAACACCAGUGGAGAUUCCCAGCCCUACCCCGACCCCCAGCAGCAGCAGCACCACCACCACCACGAUGGCUCCCAGCAGCACCACCACUAGUGGCAGCACCUCACAGACCACAACAACUGCUCCUGUCUCAACAACACCCGUUUCGACUACUUCAAGCACAUCCACGCCCGCACCAACAUACACCACCACCACACCAACUCCAGGCACACCAAGCACACCAAAAUCAACAACCAGUCCCUUGCCACCGGUGACUCCCACCACCACCAGCAGUAGCCCUCCAGGCACAUCAACAACAACAACUACAUCAACAACGGUUACUGGAUCACCAACCACCGUCUCAUCUCCUGGAACCCCACCUCCACCUACACCAAGCACACCAAAGUCGACAACCACUCCCUCGCCGCCGGAGACUCCCACCACCACCACCAGCACCCUGACAACAACAACCACUGUUACUGGAUCACCAACGCCCACCUCAACUACUUCAAGCACAUCCUCACCAACACCAACAUACACCACCACUACACCAACUCCAGCGUGUGAGUGCAUCUGGACAGACUGGAUCGAUGUGACUUACCCAGAUGGUUCUGACAGGAAUGGUGGUGACUACGAAACUUUUGAGAACAUUUGGAAGAAAUACCCCUCCUGGGAGUGUGCAAAAGUUGAGAACAUUUCAUGCCGAGCAGAGAAAUUCCCUAGCUAUUCCAUUGCAGAUUUAGGGCAGAAAGUCGAAUGUAAUGUUAACGUAGGGCUCAUCUGUAACAAUAAAGAUCAGCAGAUAGGAGGCACACCUCCAUCCACACUGAGCACAGCAUCCCCUACACCUGAAUUGCCCACCACGUCACCGGAGACUCCCACCACCACCACCACCAGCACCAGCACCACCACUAGCUCUCCAGGCACAACCACAACUGUUACUGGUUCACCAACACUCACCUCCACUACUUCAAGCACAUCCUCUCCCACACCAACAUAUACCACCACCUUAUCAACUCCAGGCACACCUCCAUCUACACUGAGCACACCAAAAUCAACAACCACUACCUCGCCACCAGAGACUCCCACCACCACCACCAGCACCCUGACAACAACAACCACUGUUACUGGAUCAACAACAACCAUCUCAACUCCUGCAACCCUAUCUCCACCCACACCAAGCACACCAAUAUCGACAACUGCUACCUCGCCGCCAGCGACUCCCACCUCCACCACCAGCCCUCUGAGCACAACAGCCACUGUUACUGGAUCACCAACGCCCACCUCAACUACUUCAAGUGCAUCCUCACCAACACCAACAUACACCACUGCAACACCAACUCCAGGUACUUCUCUGGCCUUCCCAUCUUCAUCCACACCAAGCACACCAAAAUCAACAACUCUGCCAACAGAGACUCUCACUUCCACCACCAGCCCUCCGAGCACAACAACCACUGUUACUGGAUCACCAACGCCCACCUCAACUACUUCAAGCGCAUCCUCACCAACACCAACAUACACCACCACUACAACUCCAGGCACACCUCCAUCCACACUGAGCACGCCAAAAUCGACAACCACUCCCUUGCCGCCGGAGACUCCCACCACCACCACCAGCACCCUGACAACAACAACCAUCACAACUCCUGAAAAUAUUAUCACCAUAACCCGGCCGGUUCCACCCACUGAAGCAAUAAAGACACCUGAACCAGAGAGGCCAACAACAACAAACACUCCAGUUACUCCUUCAAUUACCCCACUGCCAACGACAAGAACAACAGAAAUUAGUACAGUGUCUACUGCAAGCACCACUAGUCAAAAGUCAACAUCACCAGUGUCAACAAGCCCAGUAACAGCUACCACAUCUGAAGUCACUGGAACAGCAUCAACAACCAAGACCACCACUUCAGGCCCCACACCCUCAAGAUCCACCAGCACCACACCAGUAACAGAAACACCUGUCCAUGAGACCACUACCACCAGGACUCCAAGCCCUCCAACAGGAUUACCAACCACCACUUCCAGCCCUGGCACCACCACAACCGUGGGACCAAGCAGCCCUACAGGAACACAACCACCAAUAUCCACAACCCCAUUCACUGGAACAGCAUCAACCACCAGGAUCACCACUUCAGGCCCCACACCCUCAAGAUCCACCAGCACCACACCAGUAACAGAAACACCUGUCCAUGAGACCACUACCACCAGGACUCCAAGCCCUCCAACAGGAUUACCUACCACCACUUCCAGCCCUGGCACCACCACAACCGUGGGACCAAGCAGCCCUACAGGAACACAACCACCAAUAUCCACAACCCCAUUCACUGGAACAGCAUCAACCUCCAGGAUCACCACUUCAGGCCCCACACCCUCAAGAUCCACCAGCACCACACCAGUAACAGAAACACCUGUCCAUGAGACCACUACCACCAGGACCCCAAGCCCUCCAACAGGAUUACCUACCACCACUUCCAGCCCUGGCACCACCACAACCGCAGGACCAAGCAGCCCUACAGGAACACAACCACCAAUAUCCACAACCCCAUUCACUGGAACAGCAUCAACCACCAGGAUCACCACUUCAGGCCCUACACCCUCAAGAUCCACCAGCACCACACCAGUAACAGAAACACCUGUCCAUGAGACCACUACCACCAGGACCCCAAGUCCUCCAACAGGAUUACCUACCACCACUUCCAGCCCUGGCACCACCACAACCGCGGGACCAAGCAGCCCUACAGGAACACAACCACCAAUAUCCACAACCCCAUUCACUGGAACAGCAUCAACCACCAGGAUCACCACUUCAGGCCCCACACCCUCAAGAUCCACCAGCACCACACCAGUAACAGAAACACCUGUCCAUGAGACCACUACCACCAGGACCCCAAGUCCUCCAACAGGAUUACCUACCACCACUUCCAGCCCUGGCACCACCACAACCGCGGGACCAAGCAGCCCUACAGGAACACAACCACCCAUAUCCACAACCCCAUUCACUGGAACAGCAUCAACCACCAGGAUCACCACUUCAGGCCCUACACCCUCAAGAUCCACCAGCACCACACCAGUAACAGAAACACCUGUCCAUGAGACCACUACCACCAGGACCCCAAGUCCUCCAACAGGAUUACCUACCACCACUUCCAGCCCUGGCACCACCACAACCGCGGGACCAAGCAGCCCUACAGGAACACAACCACCAAUAUCCACAACCCCAUUCACUGGAACAGCAUCAACCACCAGGAUCACCACUUCAGGCCCCACACCCUCAAGAUCCACCAGCACCACACCAGUAACAGAAACACCUGUCCAUGAGACCACUACCACCAGGACCCCAAGUCCUCCAACAGGAUUACCUACCACCACUUCCAGCCCUGGCACCACCACAACCGCGGGACCAAGCAGCCCUACAGGAACACAACCACCAAUAUCCACAACCCCAUUCACUGGAACAGCAUCAACCACCAGGAUCACCACUUCAGGCCCUACACCCUCAAGAUCCACCAGCACCACACCAGUAACAGAAACACCUGUCCAUGAGACCACUACCACCAGGACCCCAAGCCCUCCAACAGGAUUACCUACCACCACUUCCAGCCCUGGCACCACCACAACCGCGGGACCAAGCAGCCCUACAGGAACACAACCACCCAUAUCCACAACCCCAUUCACUGGAACAGCAUCAACCACCAGGAUCACCACUUCAGGCCCCACACCCUCAAGAUCCACCAGCACCACACCAGUAACAGAAACACCUGUCCAUGAGACCACUACCACCAGGACCCCAAGUCCUCCAACAGGAAUACCUACCACCACUGCCAGCCCUGGCACCACCACAACCGCGGGACCAAGCAGCCCUACAGGAACACAACCACCAAUAUCCACAACCCCAUUCACUGGAACAGCAUCAACCACCAGGAUCACCACUUCAGGCCCCACACCCUCAAGAUCCACCAGCACCACACCAGUAACAGAAACACCUGUCCAUGAGACCACUACCACCAGGACCCCAAGUCCUCCAACAGGAUUACCUACCACCACUUCCAGCCCUGGCACCACCACAACCGCGGGACCAAGCAGCCCUACAGGAACACAACCACCCAUAUCCACAACCCCAUUCGCUGGAACAGCAUCAACCACCAGGAUCACCACUUCAGGCCCUACACCCUCAAGAUCCACCAGCACCACACCAGUAACAGAAACACCUGUCCAUGAGACCACUACCACCAGGACUCCAAGUCCUCCAACAGGAUUACCUACCACCACUUCCAGCCCUGGCACCACCACAACCGCGGGACCAAGCAGCCCUACAGGAACACAACCACCAAUAUCCACAACCCCAUUCACUGGAACAGCAUCAACCACCAGGAUCACCACUUCAGGCCCCACACCCUCAAGAUCCACCAGCACCACACCAGUAACAGAAACACCUGUCCAUGAGACCACUACCACCAGGACCCCAAGUCCUCCAACAGGAUUACCUACCACCACUUCCAGCCCUGGCACCACCACAACCGCGGGACCAAGCAGCCCUACAGGAACACAACCACCAAUAUCCACAACCCCAUUCACUGGAACAGCAUCAACCACCAGGAUCACCACUUCAGGCCCCACACCCUCAGUGUCCACUCUCCCCACCACCACAGUAGGAACAGAAAUAAGUACCCCAAGCACAACCUCUGCAACUGUUACUACUCUAACAACAUCACCUACAUCAACCAGCCCUGUGUCCACCACCACCUCUGGAACUCCUCCAACAACAUCACCUACAUCAACCAGCCCUGUGUCCACCACCACCUCUGGAACUACUCCAACAUCACCUACAUCAACCAGCCCUGUGUCCACCACCACCUCUGGUACUACUCCAACAGAAAGCUUUACCACCACUUCAGGAACCACCUCUAGUAGUUUUAUCACAAUCAAUGCGACAACCACCAUCUCUACCACUUUCAAAACCCUUCUCCCUGUCUCAACUACUACAUCUGGGCCUACUGCAACAUCAACUGCAGUCACCACGACAGGAAGUUCUACACACAGUGCAACUCCUCCAGUUAAUGGCUCAAGUUCAACUACAGGUCUAACACCAACCACUCCCAAAAAAACUUGUACUAUUUUCCCUAAUGAAUCUUAUGAGCAAGGUGACUCAUGGAUGCUCUGUAACUGCACUAAGGUUAUAUGUAUAGAAGACAACAUUGUCCAGGUAAUUCCAAUAAUCUGCAAUCCACCCCCGAAACCCACGUGUGCAAAUGGACUUUCUCCUGUGCCAGUCAUGGAUGAGGAUGGAUGCUGUUGGCACUGGGAGUGUGAUUGCUACUGCACUGGCUGGGGAGAUCCACAUUACAUGACUUUUGAUGGACUGUACUACAGCUAUCAAGGGAAUUGUACAUAUGUCCUUGUGGAAGAGAUCAAUAAGAAAGUGGACAACUUUGGUGUCUACAUUGAUAACUACCAUUGUGAUGCACGGGAUGUAGUGUCUUGUCCUCGAACGCUCAUUGUGAGACAUGAGACUCAGGAAGUGAGGCUAACAACAGCACAACCAAAUACUCUACAAGUAGAGGUGACAGUAAACAACAAGUACGUUGCUUUGCCUUAUAAAAAGUUUGGUGUGAGCAUCUACGAGUCAGGCAUAAAUCGUGUUGUGGAAAUUCCUGAGCUGAAAAUGAAUGUGACCUACAACGGCUUGUCCUUUUCUAUCAGAUUGCCCUACAGCCUGUUUGGCAACAAUACCCAGGGACAGUGUGGUACUUGCAAUAACAACACAGCAGAUGACUGCAUGCUGCCAAAUGGAAACAUUGCAGAACACUGUGAAACCAUGGCAGAUCAUUGGCAAGUUGUUGAUCCUUCAAAACCACAGUGCUCUCCAGGCCUAGUUCCUACAAGUUCACCUAGCACAACACCAACACAGCCUUGCAAAGAAUCGUCCAUCUGUGAGCUUCUUUUGGGAAGUGUGUUCAAGCCAUGCCAUGCAUUUGUCCAGCCUGAGAAGUACUAUGCAGCCUGUGUUUUUGAUAGCUGUGUACUUCCCAACCUAGACCUGGAAUGCUCAAGUCUGCAGAUCUAUGCUGCCGUCUGUGCUGAUCAAGGCGCAUGCAUUGACUGGAGAAAACACACCAAUGGUGUAUGCUCUCAUGAAUGUCCUUCAGGUAAAGAAUACAGAGCAUGUGGUCCUAUUAAAGAGAUGACCUGCAAAUCAAGAGGACAGAAUGAGACAUCAACUAAACAAGUGGAAGGCUGUUUCUGUCCUAAUGGAACCAUGCUGUAUGACUCUGGUGUGGAUGUCUGCGUGAAAACCUGUGGCUGUGUCGGAGUGGAUAAGAUACCAAGAGAGUUUGGAGAAAAGUUUACAGUGGACUGUCAGGACUGUAUUUGCCUGGAAGGUGAACAUGGCAUUUUAUGUAAGCCUCAUGUGUGUGAUCAAAAGAAGGUCACCUGUGAUGGAGAAGGCUUCUAUGAGGUCGCUGAAGUCAAUCCUAAAGACUCCUGCUGCCCUCUUUUCACUUGCAAAUGCAAUACCAGCAUGUGCACGGCUAAAGCCCCCAAGUGCUCACUGGGAUUUGAAGUUCAUUCUUAUAUUCCCAGUGGUCAGUGCUGUCCUGUAUACCAAUGUGUUCCCAAGGGGGUUUGCGUACAUGAGAAUGCUGAGUUCUUGCCCAACUCCUCAGUCUUUGUUGACAAGUGUCAGAAUUGUGUCUGCACAAAUGAUGUUAACGUCGGCACUCAACUGAAUAUCAUCUCCUGUGAACGUGUCCCCUGCAACACAUACUGUCAACCAGGAUAUGAACUUAAACCAGUGAAAGGUGAAUGCUGUGGAAAAUGUGUGCAGACCAAGUGUAUUAUACACACAGCAGACAAUUCUGAACUCAUCUUGAGUCCUGGAGACUUUAAAAAUGAUCCUCAAAACAACUGCACCAUUUAUAGCUGUGUAGAUAUCCACGACCAGCUUAUCGCUUCCACAUCUGAGAUUACCUGUCCAGCAUUCAAUGAGGACAGCUGCAAACCCGGAACUAUUUCUUUCUUACCUAACGGUUGUUGCAGAACAUGUGCCCCUCUGGACAGCAGCACAGCGUGCUCUGUGCGCCACAGAACAGACUUUAUCGUCUACAAUGGCUGCCGCUCCGUGGACAGAGUUGACUUGACUGAAUGUGAAGGAACAUGUGGAACCUUCUCGCUAUACUCUCCUGAGGCCAAUUCCAUGGACCACAGCUGCUCCUGCUGCAGAGAAACAAGCACCACUGAAAAGGAGGUGGUUCUGAAGUGCCCUGGUGGGCACGCAGUGUCACACAAGUACAUCUACGUGGAGAGCUGCAGCUGUCAAGACACUGAAUGCCAGAGGUCAGUGUCCAAUGAGCUGCAGAACAAUGAAGAAAAUGACCAGGCGACCACUCUGAACAGGAUCAAGAGAGCCAUAAGCUUAACAUCAAAAUGA